AAUAAAAAGGGACACACAUAUAAGUAUAUAUUUAUAGUUCAAGGCUAAGAUACCAGAAGCUCAUGUAGAACAAUGACUUCGCCAAUGCUCAAAAUUUUGAUAGCUAUGCUCCUUGGUCUAUCUUCUCAAGCAUAUGGACAAUUUAUGGAAUGGUGCAUAGCUGAUGAGCAGACACCAGAUGAUGAGCUGCAGAGAGCCAUGAAUUGGGCUUGUAAUGUGGGAGGUGCAGAUUGUACAAACAUACAAUUGAAUCAUCCUUGUUACCUUCCAAAUACUGUGAAAGAUCAUGCCUCUUAUGUCUUCAACAAUUACUAUCAGAAGUUCAAGAACAAAGGAGGCUCUUGCUAUUUCAACUCUGCUGCACUUACCUCUGAUCUUGACCCAAGCCAUGGCUCUUGCAAGUUUGAGUUUCUCCCUUAAAUGAAGUUUGGAGUAAUUUAUUUUGUCACAGUGAAGACAGCAAUGAAGUGAAUGGAAUAUUCUGCGUGCAUCUCUUAAAUUUUUAUUGUUUCAUAUCUUAUGAAAAAUUACCAUGCCAAAAUGACAUUAAAUUGUUCUUCUGUUUCAACUUAAAUGAUUGAGAGAAAAAUAUUAUGUGUAUCUGAAUGAGCAAUGCCGUUUGUCAAUUGGAUUCCCUCACAUUUUUAACA